CUGCCAUUCAUUGUUGCUAGCUGCAUAUAAUUAUAUAAAGCAGUCGCGUUGCCAGCUGGGAGCGCUAAUCGUCUCCGAGUCGCGGAAACAAAACAAACGGCAGCUGCUGCGGCCCAACGAAGGCUAGUGAGACCAGACUCGCGGAGCGUAACACCAUUUCCUAUCUGCGGAAAUCACGAACGCGUGUUGCAAAACGACGACGAGACUGACUGAGAAUCAAUUCAGUCGCGAGUACAUACGCACUACACUAGGAAGUCGACCGGCGGCCCGUGGGAUUUUUGGCGAAUCGAGUGCUGAGGUCUAAAUUUAUGUGAAACCGAAACGAUAUUAUAAGAAAAAUGGAAGGGGAAAGGAACUGCUUGCGUCGCAUAACGCACGAGGAGACGGAAUUCUCGGCGCAGAGCAUCUUGCGCGCCAUGGAGAAGUUUGUCAAGGCUGUGAACGUGAUGGACGAGACGAUCCUCGUGCCGAGCCGGCUGAUGGACCUGAAGAUCUCUGACGAAAUCACCGGCAAAGAUCUGGCCAAGAGCCGGCGGCGACUGGCCAAAGACUUGAACAAUACCGACUUGUACAGUGUCUACAACAUGAUCAACGGUGUGAAAAACGAGCUGCUGUGGGGCCAGUCGGCGUCCAACGGGCCCUCCGAGGGUCCCGAGGAGACGACCCAGGUGGUCAAGGGCCACAUCCGACGGCCCUCGACCGUCUCGGUGGCCUCGACCUCGUCGGCCGUCUCCACCACGAGCGACACCGACUCAGAAACGGGCAUCGAAAACGACAUUGGCAGCGAGUCCGAGGACUACGCGCAGACCGUGUCGGACAAAUUCAAACACCACCUGCACGGACUGUUCAACUGUCUGGACCACAUGACCGAGGCUGCCAGUUAUCUGACGGCGCGUUACCAAAUCGACAUUGGUGGCUCCGUCUGAUGCAUUUUGUUUUUUUUUUUCGUCCGGCUGGGUGCUGCGGGGGGAGCAGGUUUUUCAAAGUGAAUAAGUUUUUUUUUCGUUGUUAAUCAUAAUUAUAUAUAUUUUCAGUGGAUUAUCUUCUGUGAUGCUUUGUAGAAUCAGACAUAAUUAAGGCAUGACGUGACAAUAAAUAAAUAAGAAAAGCUCAACUGUUGAGUGCCGACGAUUGUGGUUUUGAUUCUGGUGAGAAAAAUCGCCAGCGGCACACACUACUUGACGAGUUGAUGUACUGGCCGUUCACCUCGUUCAUUACUUUGACUGUGACGUCACGAUCAUGCCACUUGUAAUUUCAUGGCAGCCUCCAAUCGAGUGGAGUGGUGCGAUAGUCGUACCACGUCACAAUCAAGCACUCAUCCUCACAAUAUUUCUCACGUUAUCCAAUCGAGUUAGCACAAGUUUUUCACGUGUCUCUGUAAAUCUGCAUAAAUGCAUAAUCAAGUGCUAAAGUGAUGUGUGUUUGCCAUGGAAUUAUAUAAUUAUUAAAAAUCACGUUUUGUUAAUGAAGUUCGAAAGACCAUCAUGACUUUUAAUUGCAUUUUGGUGUCGGAUGUUAAUGAGAAAUUCUCUACGUAAUCACAUUUUGCACUGUAUCCGAAAUUUUUGAAAAACCUGUCAUAUCUGUAAGCCUGGUUGCUUCCUAAUUUUUACACUACAUAAAAUAUAAGCUGAGCCUGUAAUGCCAUCUUUAGCAGUUAGCCGGAAUAUACUGUUGAAAAUAUUGUUCUCAUGUGCGAUGAUUAAUUAGUCUGAAAAUGAAUCUGUCAAAAAAUGAGAUGAAUUUUGCAAUCAAAAUCUUUUCAAAGGACUUGUCUCGCAUCUGGGACGGGUGAUAAAAUUGUGACUUAAAAAAAAUUGAUUGGCACGAGCAGAUACGAUGAUUAUUUUUGGUUCUUUUGGAAUAAAUUACUACCGCUCAUCCAGUCUCAUUGUUUUGUAAUAAGUCUGUUAUUGAGUUCAAGAGAAUUAUGUAUAAUAUUAUAAAUAUUCCGCAGUAUUACUAGUGCAAAGUAAAUUAUAUAAAAUAUCGAAUAAAAUCAAUAAAAACUCCACAUAAUAAAACGAA